CACGUAUUUGUUUCUGUCGAAACAUUAUGCAUGCUUGGGUUGGAAUCUAUAGCACAAAGUGAGUGUGUCAUGGAUCAAGAUAAACGAUAUUUGUUCUUGUUCAACUAAUACGUAUACAAAGGGUUAGGUUAUAAGCUCUAAAGUAACAUAACACACCGCAAAUCAUGUCUCGCAACACUUUGUUGUUAAUAUGUCAUUUGCUUUCCUCUUUAGACCAGUCGAAUGAUUUCAGCUACCUACAUCUCCACGGCAAGCUACAAUCAUCAGAUUUCUACCAAAUGUUUAGAUGUUGUCUUCCGACAAAAGUCUUCGAGAUCUUCCUAGCCAGACCGCUAGACACUUCAUUCCAGUCUUCUGUCUCACUUAUGUGGUUCCUUAGUUGAUCCAGGAGGUAACAAUCAGUGCUCACAAGAUACGGAGUAUCAUACUUUGCACUUCCUUGCUGCACUGGGAAAGGACUUAAUCUCCUUUAUGUUCAUUCACUAGUUGUACUUCUCCAUACUGUUAUUUGCUUGAACCUUUUUCUUUCCUUUUGGUAUCUAUCUUUUCCUAUUCCUUUUAUCCUUGCCCACGACGAAAGCAUUCGAUUCCUCAUGUUGUGACUACUUAAAGCCCUCGUCGAGAUUAAGUUGUCACCUGCGAGAGAGAGGAUGACAAUGUUGAAGGUAUUUGGACAGCCGGCCGCCACAGACGUGGCCAGGGUGCUAACUUGCCUCUUUGAGAAGGAUCUGCAGUUCCAAAUCGUUCGUAUCGAUUCGUUCAAGGGGGAGCACAAGGUGCCGGUGUUCCUCAGGUUACAGAAUCCAUGUGGUCAAGUAACCUUCAAAGAUGGAGAUGUAACUCUUGUUGAUUCAAGAGAUAUUUGUCGACACAUCUCCAAGAAGUACGAAGACAAGGGAAACAAGGCUCUUUCUGGUACUGGCUUCCUCCAGAGGGCAUCGAUCGAGCAGUGGCUACAAGCAGAAGCUGUGAGCUUCGAGCCUCCUACCUCUGCUUUGGUCUUCCAAUUGACCUUUGCACCAGCACUUCACAUGCCACCCGACGAGGAACUUAUCCAGCAAAACGAGGAGAAACUGUCCAAGGUGCUCGACAUCUAUAACUCCAGGCUCGGAAAAAGCGAGUACUUAACUGGUGACACGUUCACGCUUGCUGAUCUCUCUCACCUUCCCAACUCGCACUACCUCACCAUGUCCGAGAGGGGACGCAAGCUUUUCGAGACCAGGGGGAACGUGGCGAGAUGGUGCACUGCAAUCUCAGCACGGCCGUCGUGGAAGCAAGUCGUCGAGAUGCAGAGCGAGCGUCCCGGUCUGAUUUGAGAUUUUAACCAUGUAGAAUCUUUGCCUAGACAAAUAUGUGGUGGCAGCAUUCUAUGCGCAUCUAAGAGAAUAAGUUUGUGAUAUGUGACAGAAUUCAACAAAAUAUAUAACAUUCACACCACAAUA